GGUGAUUUUAUUUAUACGUAUUUCGUUAAGUUUGUAAUUUUAUAAUAUUAUUUUGUUAGGAGUAAAUAGUAUCUAAUCUGCAAAAAUGAAUCGAAAAUUUGUAAAUGUUAUACUACUUGGAUUUGGUUUUAUGUUUGUCUUUACCGCAUUUCAAACGAUGGGAAAUAUAGAGAAAACAGUGCUUGACAGUAUAUCUCACGAUGACCCGUCGUUCACUGGCGAUGGCUACACAUCGCUGGCCAUCAUCUACGCGACUCUGGCGAUCUGCAACUGGAUGGCCCCCUCCAUCAUCACGAUAACUGGGCCCAGAGGGGCCAUGUUUGUUGGAGGCCUAACAUACUUGUUCUUCAUAGUGACUUUCUUGUUCCCCCGCACGUGGCUGCUGUACGUGGCGAGCGUGCUGAUCGGCGCGGGCGCAGCCGCCAUAUGGACCGGUCAAGGCAACUACCUCACGCUCAACAGUGAUGCCGAUACGAUAUCCAGGAAUUCCGGUGUCUUCUGGGCGAUGUUGCAGUGCAGCAUGUUUUUCGGCAAUCUUUUCGUGUUCAUAAAGUUCCAAGGCAAGACGCAAAUUGACGCGGAAACGCGAAAUGUGGUGUUCGGCGCUCUGACCGGCGUUUGCGCCGUUGGCCUAGUGUUCCUUAUGAUCCUCCGGCCAGCUAAACGCUUACCCACGCUUGAAGAUGCCAAGGGAGAUAUCGUGACGCAUGAUGUGCAAGAAGGUCCUAUGGAAGCCUUCAAGGGCGCCUUAAGGCUUUUCUGCACACGGGAUAUGCUUCUACUGAGCGUCACGUUCAUUUAUACUGGUGUUGAGUUGUCUUUCUUCAGCGGCGUGUACAGUCCCAGCAUUGGUUUCACUCUGGGCAUGGGCGACAACGCCAAGCAGCUGGUCGGCUUGUCUGGUGUCUUCAUCGGUAUGGGAGAAGUACUUGGCGGUGCUCUCUUCGGUAUACUUGGAAGCAAAACGACUCGCUGGGGUCGCGAUCCCAUCGUCAUAAUGGGCUACAUCAUCCACCUCGGCAGUUUCUUCCUGAUCUUCAUCAACCUGCCGACAGUGGCGCCAUUCGGUGACACUGAAGAGAUCUCCUACAUCACUCCAUCGCCGCAGCUGGCCAUGUUCUGCAGUUUCCUCUUAGGAUUUGGAGAUGCCUGCUUCAAUACUCAGAUCUACUCGAUUCUUGGUGGCAACUACUCAGAUAAUAGUACUUCUGCCUUCGCGCUUUUCAAGUUUACCCAGUCCCUAGCCGCAGCGGCCUGCUUCUUCUACUCCUCGCGGGCUCUGCUAUCGGUACAGCUGUCGGUGCUGGGCGUCCUGGCCACGGUGGGCACGGCCAGCUUCUGCCGCGUGGAGUGGGCGGCGCGCGCCCGCCAGAGGGCGCUCGACAUCGACGACAAAGCAGAGACCACCACACACGCGCUCGCCGACAACGCUCUGCACUACGAUUGAACUAAUAACACGGCCUUUUAAUGGUUUUAGAUGAGAAAAUGUUAAAAUACUCACGAUUUUAUAAAGGUUGAUCAGUACUAGAAUGAGUUCCUCUUACAGCCGUUCAAGAGACACCUAGCAAAUUUGACGUUGUGUCAUUCCGUCAUUGCCCUUGUCCAGCAGAAUGUACAAUCAAGUGGACAUUUUAAUUGUGUUUGGCUUUUGGUCCAGGAAGCGCAAGCGCGGUGAUUGGACAACAGAAUAUUGAUCAGCCUUUCAGAAGCCGUAGCUAAAGGUCUUAAUUAAGGCUAUGUUUGAGCCUAAGUCAUAAAAGAUUUGGUUCGGCAUCAUGACCUCGUAUGAUUAGUAGGCGUUGUGAGAGUAUGACAACUAUAAUAUAUAGUUUGUUUGUAAUGCCGCUGUUUUCACAAUUGUUUUGUAUAUAUUAUAUAGGCUUUAAAUAGAAAACUGUUUAACGAAUCUAAAACCUUUAAAAUGUCAGUGUUUAAUGGCAAUUCCAAGCGGUCCUAAGAGACAAAAGUAAGAUGUUUAUUGUGUAAAUAAGAGAUUCAUAUUGUAAGGAAAAUUAAUUAUUUUACUAAGAUAUUAUUGUUACCAUUAACAAAUUUAAAUUAUGAUAACGUAGUGUUCUUGUCGGAGCUUAUCGACAUGCAUUUAUAUACGUUCUACCAACUGUCAGAAAACCGAUGUUUUGAAUUAUAAAGUGCGCACGCGCAACGACGGUUAUCUUAGUGUCGUACAUACUUAGAAAAAAAAAGCGAUUUAAAAAAAUAAUUUAUUGAUAUUAGUCACAUUCCUUGGUAAUCGUAAUAAAAGUAUUAAAAUAUUUUAUAGGACAUUGGUGUAACUUUAAAUUUAUAGUCGUCCUAUGUUAUAUCUUUUUAGACAUUCUUCCAAUACUGUCAUUGUUCCAACGCUUUUAAAACAUUUAUUUACACAUGUGAGAGCUUUCAUCACUCAUGGCAUUUCAAUAAUAUAGAAUGUAGAAAUCAAGCUUUAAUUUAGGGAAGUGGAUGUUGGUGAAUAUUCCAUAUGGGAUGAAAGUUGCUCAGUGAAUGAAACAGGGAAUCAAUCAUUUAUAUUUAUACAUUUAAAAAUAAAAGUGUCAAUUUGAUUUAAGUUUUUUUAGAACCUCGCAUUUGUAAUACAAAACUCGAUCAUUUAUUUUUCUCGUAGAUACGCAUCUAGGUAGGGUAUUAUUUUUUUGCAACUAUCUGUUAAUUAUGGCCUAUGAUAACAUUCGGAAUGAAACUCCACUCAUCGAGUAUUGUUUUGCUUGAUCAAUGAUAUUGCAAAUCUCUUCGUGUAUAUGACGAAUAAGGCGCAACAAGAGGGCCCAAGACAUUUCAUUACAAAAAAUAACUAAAAAUAUAGGUGUAUUGAAACGACAUUCCUUUUCGACGCGUGGUGUUACUUUGACCUGUCUGUUCAAUAGAUAGGACCGAUUAUUUAAUGUUAACAUUCUGAGAAAUGUAAUUGUCUACGGACUCUGGUAGGCUCAGUUGUUGCCCUCCAAGACCUGGAGGUCAGCUGAGAGGCAGGCAGGACUGAGGAUGCGCCAUGUCUUGAAAUAAGGCACACACUCGUAUGAAAUAUGUGAAGGGUGAAAAAUACCCCAUUUAGAUACUCAAAUUUUGUUAUUAUGCAGUGUUGUUGUACUUUUUGUAUCUGAUGCUGUCACUUUGCACAAUGUUGAUUUUGUAAGUUGCCAAUGACAGCGAAAAGCUCUGAAGUUUUAGGAGUUAAUAAACUUCCAUAAUUGAACACUGUAGACUCAGGCAUGUGAUUAAAAAUAAUAUUCAACUGUUGACAGGGCUAUUCUAAAUUUUGACUUUAUUAAUUUCAUCCAUUUAUAUAUUUUGACGCGCUUAUUCUCCAGGCAAAAGAACAGCUUUUAUGGAAAAUCUAGAAUAUUGCUACAGAAUAGCCCUUUUUAAAGUGUGUCAGGUGUGAACGAUGUGGUGCUCUAUAUGCUACUGUGUGUAGAAUUUGUAAAAAAUAUUUUUGUAUAGAAAUUAAUAUAUAUAUGUGUAGAAAAAAAAUAUCUAUAUUAGGACUUCUAGUCACAAAACUCGAGGUUUAUAAAUGGAAAAUGAAAAUGGAAUUUUAAAACAAGUUUUUUAUAUUCAAUGUUUAAGCAAUCCUUGUAUUUUUACCCCAAUUUAAUUUAGUUUUAAGCGUAAUGAAGUACUUUUAUUCAAUUAACUUGUUAUAUUGCAACUAAUUCAAUAUUUCUUAAUGCUGUUAAGUAUAACGAAAAAUCAAUAAUUUCGGCA